AUGGCGGCUAUGGAGUCCCAGGACAAGAGAAACAAGGGAAGUAAAGGGAAAAGGAAGAUUGAGAUUAAGAGAAUAGAAGCGAAGAGUAGCCGACUAGUCACAUUCUCCAAACGCCGGGCCGGAAUAUUCAAGAAAGCCAGCGAGCUUUCAACGCUGUGCGGGGCGGAGGUGGCCGUCCUCGUGCGUUCUCCGGCGGGUCGGGUCUUCGGCUUCGGCCACCCGAGCAUCGACGCGGUUAUUCAGCGCUACGAAAACUGUGGGCCAGGGGGAGAUCAGUGCCCGGACUACUGCGGCGGCGAUGAAUGGGUGGAAGGAGUUGAGACGCUGGCGGCGGAGAAAGAGCAGCUGGCGGAGGAGAACCGCAGACAAACGGCGGCGAGCAGUGGCGGCGGCGGCGGCGAGAGAGGGAUGCUGUGGUGGGCUAAAGAUAUUGACGGAAUGGGAUUGCAGGAAUUGGUGGAAUUUAGGAAUUCUUUGGUAAGGUUGAAGAAUGAAACCGAGAAGAAGGCUAAGGAGAUGGCAACAAAACCUGCAGGUUUUUCGUCGUCGUCCCAUGAAGAACACGAAAACGUUGUUCCGUUAUCUGUAGAUGAAUCUAAUUUGCUUUUUCCGACAAGUUCAGACUUUCGGUUAUGGAGUUAUUAG